AUGGCCUCCUGGCCCUCAUCGUCCAAUCCCUCAAAUCAGAAGGCUGCUAUUAGAAAGAGAAGCACGGGCUCCCAAUUUAAGUUCUUGGUUGCUCCUAUAUAUGCCCAUGUUCUUCCGCUCAUUCGACUCUCGCUAGGUAAGAACUCAGUUGUACGGUUACCGUUUGUUUACUAA